UGGUUUCAAUUAAGAAUGUCUCUAGUCUUAACUUUUUCUUGUCUGUAGACUGCUAUUUGUGUUCGGUUCAAACAUUACUCUGCUGGUGUUUUUUGAUGUUGUAACUGGAUUUGUAUUGCCUAUAUUCUUCACUUAGUAGUACAUCCUACUGAGAAGGGGUUAUAGGGCUAUUCAACAUGUGGGUGUUUAGGUAAACUUGUCAUAUAUGGGCCUAUUUAUGAAAACAAUUGUAAAGGCACUUCAUUAAGCACAGGGUUGAUGUAUAAGGAUGACAAUGCUGUAAAGUACCAGUGCCUCAUUCAGCCUACUAUGCCUCAGAACAUGAUUCAUUGCCUGCAUGGCUAUUUGGCAGGUAUUAAUAGUUUAAUCUGUCUAAGCUCAGAUCAUUCAGUUACACAAUCAUACAUGGGCGUUAGGAUUUCACAGUGCCACACACAUUUACCGCAGGUGUCUUUGUAUCAGCAGUUUUGAACUGUGGAUGUAACUCUCGUCCUCUGCCCCAACAGAGGACAGCACCAUGCCAGUGUCACAGCAGUAUGUUUCCAAAUGGACUGAGGGAUGCCGCACCACUCAGAACAUGGAAACAGUAAAUGGUGUGCACAAAACCAUGAGUAAGGACGGCGACAAUGACGACGAGGAUGGAUUCAACAGAAUGGAAGAGCGUAACGACGAUGAGGAGCAGGGGGAAGAAGGAGGGUCGGGGGAAGAAGAGAGCCUUGACGAUAGCCCAAAGAGGAUUGGGACCAAGAUGAAGAAAAUUACAAAAACCCGACAGAGGUUUAAGGUCCGGCGCAUGAAGGCCAACGCGCGCGAGAGAAACCGUAUGCACGGGCUCAAUGACGCGCUUGAGAGUUUGCGUAAAGUUGUACCUUGCUACUCGAAUACUCAGAAACUCUCCAAAAUAGAUACAUUGAGGUUGGCAAAAAAUUACAUAUGGGCUCUCUCUGAGACCUUGCAAUCGGAUGAAAGUCCAGAUUUGAUGUUGUUCGUGCAGGCUCUAUGCCAUGGACUGUCCCAGCCCACCACCAAUCUAGUGGCAGGAUGUUUGCAGCUCAACCCCAGGACGUUUUUACCGGAGCAGGUCCAGGACAUCCCGUCUCAGGUGCACCAAACAUCGACUGCGUCCUUCUCUUUGCACCCCUCCUACCCUUACCCUAGCCCGCCAUAUGGUACAAUGGACAGCUCCCAUAUCCACCACUCCAAGCCCCACACUGUCGACAAUGCGCUUGAGCCGUUCUUUGAAACUACAUUCACAGACUGUACCAGCACCAGCCCCCGGUUCGAGGGACCCCUAAGUCCACCGUUGAGCGUGAAUGGGAACUUUUCCUACAAGCACGAGUCAACGGCAGAGUUCGACAAGAACUAUGCGCUUUCGAUACAAUAUGCAACUCAAGGUCUGGCGGGAGUACAAUGUCUUCAUCCUUUUUAUGCAAGCUCAUCAAAGCACUUUGAUAUUCUCAUGGACAACAUGAUGUCGUUUGAGACUCAUCACGAGAGGAAGCUGAACGCUUAGCUCAAUGCCAUAUUGCCAGAAAACAUUAAACACCUGAAAAGUCUAACAUUUUGUUUGAUUACACAUGGACAGUGAAUGCACUUGUAAAUUAUGUAUGUAUUUAAUGUAUCCGUUACUAAUGUUAGUAUGACAUACAAUUAUACUGUUUCAUUUUUCUCUGCAAACUUCUUGAUAGAAAGAUCAAAUGAGUCUGUAUUGCCCAACCCAAUCGUAUACCAAGACCAAUAGUUUGCAUUCAUCAAAUAAUUGUUACAACAAACAAUAAUGGAAAUAAAAACAUUUCUA